GCGGCUCCUGGAUGAUGCUAUUAUGUAAAAACACGCUACACUGCAAAAAUACGGUGUUUUAUUUAAACAUGCUGCAGAAAAUAUUUCCGCGAUUUUUUUCUGCUUUUGAAGACCGUUCGGCUUGAGGACGGUUACAAAUUUUCCCUGCCAGUGCAAUAGAAUAGGCUAACAACACUUCAGCUGCGAGCAGGCUUGUUUGUGAGACUGGUGCGCAACUGAAAACUGCCUUGUACUGCCAUAACGGAUCAAGCGACGUGUUUCUCUACACUUCAGCGGUAUCAACUCGUGUGUGGAAACAGAUCCGAGAUACGCUGGUAAACAGUUCCACGGAAUAUGCUACCUUUCGGAGAAUAGAGGGUGGUUGGAGUGGUUUUGCUUCUUUCGUCGUUUAUUUUUUUUCGGGGGGUUCCUCGAAUAGAGUGUAGGAAAGCUAGAGGAAGCCAAAUCUAAUCAUUCGACAUUGACUUUCGCGGAAGGCUGAGUGAGACGAGCACUUAAAAGUCAAGAACAGAAGCCAGCAAGCACCCAGCAUCGGACUAACGUCGGAUGCUAGUGCGUCGUGUUUAGCGAUAUAUCCACCUCUUAACAAAAAGGUGUCCUGGUCGGGAUUAUACUGUAGAUCGCCUCCCUAAUAUAUUGUGAACUUGCCUAGGGAGGAGAGUUGCCACAGAGACCCACAGGGUGGUGCAGCAUGUGAUGAUCCACGCCCGGAACGAAGGUUCCCUCAGCCAGAGCCGCAGCACAGGGAGGCGGGAACACUGCCCCCAUAGGCCACAUGGUGAGACCAUGGGCGGGGCCUGGCUUGAGCGCACGCUACGAUUCGGCAGGACCUUGAAAAAGUGUAAGACCAAGCGAGGAAGGGGAGGGGUUAAAGAGAUACGGGAGAAGGCGCCGGAACGGAAUAGGAGGCGGGGCAGGAAAUCAUAUCCCUUACGAGGAAGGGGAGGGUUUUCAGAGGAAGAGGGACUUAGCUGUCACGUUUUACUCACGCGGUUGGAGGAGGACAUCCAGGAGCAGGAGGACACCAAUGAGACGGGGAAUGAUUCGCCUACCCAACCGCCCGUCAAACCUGAAUCCCGGAUCAAGAAACUGGGCAAAGAAAAAGGCGAAGCCAAGGGGAAACUCCUGGCGAAGAAGAUGAUUCCCAAAACCACCAGUGAUGUGCAGGAGUCUCCAUUUCCAGAGCCGCGUAAGCGACGGCUAGCUUCUCUCAACGCUGAGGCGGUGAACAGUCUGCUGUUGGAGAGACCCAACGAGACCCAGCCGGCUGGAAAACAGGCCAGGAGACAGCAGGAGGAGCCCUCCAGCGGUGAGUCAACCCUGGGGACAGAUCCAGCUAGUGGCGGGGUGGCCGGAGGUCCUAAAGCUCAAAGGGCCAGCAGCAGCAAGGCCUCCGUAUUGCACAAGCCUGAACUGUGCCGAUGCUCCAAAAAGGCCAAGAAAGUCUCCAAGAAACGGACCAAACCAGAUAAAGGAGAGAAGAAAGAGACUGCGAUGAUGACUCUACAGAUGUUACACACCCCUGCUCCUCGACGGCUAGCCGGACUCAACGCUGCCGCGCUGCUAAAGUUAACGAGCACCUCCGCAACUAGCAAACAGCGAGUGAAACCAACAUCGACUAAGACGACCGACUGCAAGACCACGAGCGCCGCAUCAUGUGAUGUGAAGCAGAAGCAACCGCGACUGAAUCUUAAACAGUGUGGCCGCCAGCCUAAGCAGAAGGGAAGGAAGUUGAUUCCAGAACAGGGAGGCUGCAAGAAGUCCAACUUUGAGCCCAAAGUGGAGUGGGAGUCUGGAGGUUGCACCCACCGGCUAACCAAACCAGGCUACCAGUCACGCAGCAGGCUAGCCUACCCGCUGAAGCCUGUCGUCAAAGAGGAGCAGGUUGAGGCAGAGCUGAGACCGUACUACUGCUGCCCCCCAGAGGGUUCUGUGGAGUACUGCCACCGCCUAGCAUUGUUCCUGGGUCAGAAGGCCUAUGCUGACUCAGAAGAACAACCUUUAAACACUGCAAUGACCCCUAUGAAGCGGGAGUGCCUGGUGACAUCGCCCUCCGUGGCCCAACCCCAUUCCCAUGCAGCCCUGACCCUCAGCCCCCACCCUUGCCUCUGCACCGCCGACCCCGCCUGCUUCUCCAGCUACUACGUCCACAUCGCACACCCCGGAGCUCCUUCGACCACCCUCAGCUCGAGACCUCUGAACUUUGGCACCUCGACAAUGUGUCCCGGCAUGGUGUCUGGGUCUAAGCUGCUGGGUCCUCCGGUGUCCCAUGCCUCGACACUGGCCCACCCUGCUUUCUGUGGCUCAGUGGGCUCGCCCUACUACAGCAAGGCCUGCCGUGUCAGCGGCUACACCUACAGAGCCAUGCAGCCGGUCAACAGCAGGGGGUGCUCUUUCUCCACAGGCUGUUCCGGGUUUACACACGGCAUCAAGACAGAGGGUUACUCUUCCCCCAAAAGCGACCACAGCCCCUCCCUCCUGGUCUCCCCCUCCCUCCCACUCUCGGGUUGCCCCCUCUACACCACCCCCCUCCUCCACCCAGGCCAAGCCCCAUCUCCUCACCCCCCCUGUCUGACCGCAGAGUGCACCAAGCCACCUAACGGUUAUCUGUCCAUGGGGAGAACCAGGCUGUCGCAGAAACAGCCAGCCCCGACAACCUGCCUGUCCCCCGCCAAGCAGAAGAGGGUGAUCCGCCGACGGGCCACCAAUGGGUGGCUGCCUGUAGGAGUGCCCACGGAGAAAGAAGUGUUCAUUGCGGGGGAGGAUGAGACGGCUUUGAGGCAGUGUUAUGAAGGAGUACAGAGAGACAGUGAAGUAAUACGUGUCAGAGACACAGUGCUGCUGCGCUCCGGUCCCCGGAAGAAGUCCCUGCCCUACGUCGCCAAGAUAUCGGCGCUCUGGGAGGAUCCCAAAUCUGGAGAGCUGAUGAUGAGCCUGUUCUGGUACUAUCGACCUGAACACACACAGGGAGGCCAAGACUCCAGUAUGCACUGUGAGAAAGAGAUUUUUGCCUCUCGGCAUCAAGACGAGAACAGUGUGGCCUGCAUCGAAGAUAGAUGCUAUGUUCUCCCACUAGCACAAUACUGUAGAUUUUGUGCCUUGGUGAAGCGGCGUGAAGAGGGUGCGCCCCCUGGCACUGCCAGAGUGGUCCCCUGCACCUCGGACUUCAACCCCCCCGACCACCGCCAGGUUCCUGCCAACAUCAACCCUGAACUAGUGUACCUCUGCCGCCACGUCUACGACUUCCGAUACGGACGCAUCCUCAAGAACCUGCAGUAGGGGGCAGCAGAGGACACGCAGACACACCCCUAGUGGAGCAAACACACUCCUACACAUGGGGCUGAAGGAUGAGAGGGGGAACCUCUGAAGUGUUUUGGUGGGACCCCUGAUUGACCCUUGACCCCUGAUAGGCACUCGGGUCAGGUGGAGGGAGACUGAAGGAUCAAGUAUCGAAGGGGGACCACUGAUAUCUGAGUGGGUACCUUAGCCCCCUUUACAAUUGUAGCUAGGGAGCUGAAGUUUUGGCUCCCUCAACUGGAGAACUAUACCGGCUUGGAGAAGGGAGGGGUGGAUUCUUUCACAGAGAUCUGUUCCUCCACACCACUUAAAGAGUUAAUGGUCCUGGUCCCCAUGUCCCGCUAUACCAUGUGCAUCAACAGCCGUGUUGGUGACCUAACAAGAAGAGGAGCUGUUAUAGCAGAGUGACACUGGGCUUAUCACGGCAUUGUUUUGAUGUUAGAGCCUGACGUAAUGACAACGUUCUUCUUCAUUUGUGUUUGUCUCAGAGGCAGCUGUGAUCGUGAGGGCACACACACACUGAGGUUUUAUAUCCCUGCCGUGUGUCAGAGAGUGACGUAGUGGGUGGGUGUGUGUUCAGUGCAGGUUCACAAAGGAUCGCAGUGUUUCCCCUAUAUUUCCCCUGUGGUAAAUCGUGGCCGCUAAGAAAGUAUAUAAAGUGCCAGUCAAAAGUUUGGACACACCUACUCAUUCAAGGGUUUUUCUUUAUUUGUACUAUUUUCUAUAUUGUAGAAUAAUAAUAGUGAAGACAUCAAAACAAUGAAAUAACACAUGGAAUC